UAGCCAAAGAUACACACACAUUCAUAUUUACAUUUCGUCAAACUUAGCCUUCUUGUUUCAUCUAAAAGAGUAGCAACCAUGUGGUCUGCAGUAACAGAUCCCAUUAGAGCUUUUUUUGCAAAUUUUCUCCGCCAUUUCAUCCACAAAGACUUCCAUGAAGCAGUGGCCAGAAUGACCAUAAUAGAUGCUUUCCUCUUCGUUAUUGUGCACUCCAUUGAUAAGUUGGGGAUAUGGCCACGCUUGCCGGUUUUCUUAGGGCUAUUGUACCUGGCGAUUCGGCGGCGGCUUCAUCAGGAGUACAACCUCUUCAACGUUGGAACAACACCGGUGGGGGUUAGGUUUAACCAUUCUGAUUUUCCAUACAGAACAGCUGAUGGAAAAUAUAAUGACCCUUUCAACGAAGUUGCUGGCAGCCAUGGGACUUUCUUUGGCAGAAAUAUUCUCCCUGUGGAUCAGAAAAAAAAGCUAUUGAAACCUGAUCCAAUGGUGGUAGCCACGAAACUACUUGCUAGGAGGACAUACAAGGAUACUGGGAAGCAAUUCAAUGUGAUAGCAGCUUCUUGGAUUCAGUUUAUGAUUCAUGAUUGGAUCGAUCAUCUUGAGGACACAAAUCAGAUUGAACUCAUCGCACCAAGAGAAGUUGCAAGGCAAUGCCCUCUCAAAUCUUUCAAAUUCUACAAGACAAAGGAAAUUCCCACUGGCUUCUUUGAGAUUAAAUCCGGAUCAUCAAACAUCCGUACACCUUGGUGGGAUGCAAGCGCAGUAUAUGGAAGCAAUGGAGAAGUUUUACAGAGAGUGAGAACUUUCAAAGAUGGAAAGAUAAAGAUAUCAAAGGAUGGCCACCUUCUUCAUAAUGAAAAUGGAACAGCAAUUGCAGGUGACAUCCGCAAUAGUUGGGCUGGUGUUUCAACCUUGCAGGCCCUUUUCAUUCAAGAACACAAUGCAGUUUGUGACAAUCUCAAGAAACAUUAUCCUCAAUUGGGAGAUGAAGAACUUUAUCGCCAUGCCAGAUUGGUGACCUCAGCUGUGAUUGCAAAGGUUCAUACCAUUGAUUGGACUGUAGAGCUCCUUAAAACUGAUACUUUACUUGCAGGCAUGCGUGCCAAUUGGUAUGGAUUAUUAGGGAAGAAAUUUAAGGAUACAUUUGGGCAUGUUGGUGGAGUCAUCUUGGGAGGAUUAGUGGGUCUUAAGAGACCAGAAAAUCAUGGUGUCACAUACUCUCUAACAGAGGAAUUUGUGACUGUUUAUAGAAUGCACUCACUCCUACCUGAUAACCUACAGCUAAGAGACAUAUCCGCUACUCCAGGACCCAACAAAUCUCCUCCAUUAGUCAAAGAAAUUCCUAUGAAGAAUUUGAUUGGACUGCAAGGAGAAAAAACAUUAUCUGAAAUAGGAGUUGCAAGGCAACUUGUGUCAAUGGGUCACCAAGCUUGUGGGGCACUAGAGCUUUGGAACUACCCAGAGUGGCUCAGAGACCUCGUACCACAAAACAUAGAUGGCACAGAUAGGCCUGAUCAUGUGGAUCUAGCUGCUCUUGAAAUUUAUAGAGAUAGAGAGAGGAGUGUGGCUAGAUACAACCAAUUCAGGAGGGCAUUACUGUUGAUACCUAUAUCCAAGUGGGAAGAUUUAACAGAUGACAAGGAAGCAAUUCAAGUAUUGGAAGAGGUAUACGGUGAUGAUGUUGAAGAGCUUGAUGUACUGGUAGGCCUCAUGGCGGAAAAGAAAAUAAAGGGUUUUGCAAUCAGUGAGACAGCUUUUGUUAUAUUCCUACUCAUGGCAACCAGGAGGUUAGAAGCUGACAGGUUCUUCACAAGCAACUUUAAUGAAGAGACAUAUACCAAGAAAGGACUGGAAUGGGUGAAUACAACUGAGAGCCUAAAGGAUGUUAUUGAUCGUCACUAUCCUGAAAUGUCACACAAGUGGUUAAACUCUUCUAGUGCUUUCUCUGUUUGGGACUCACCACCAAACUCUCAAAAUCAUAUACCUCUCUAUCUUCGUGUUCCUCACUAAUUUGUUUGCCCUCACAAUAUCUCUUUGCUAUUAAUGCCUUUAAUUUAAUCAUUGGGUCUAUUUUGGGUGUUUGUAUUUCGGUUUAUAUCCUUUUGUUGUAUUUGAGUUAACUCGUGUAUACUUUAUCUUAUCUCUAUCCCAAAAUUCAGCCCACUUAGGUGCUUGUAUUUAGUCUUCGUAAACAAUAUUUUGAUGCAUUUGAGUUUAUGGAUGAAUAAUAGUCUGUUUGUAUCUUGAUGUAUUCAACAACAAAAAAAUGUAUUUAGUUAAUUGUUUUUUUUUAAGUA